GAGGUGUGUCGGAGAUGGAUUGCCUGCGGGACUGGCCGGAGCCGAUCGUGCGCGUGCAGUCCUUGUCGGAGAGCGGCGCGGAGAUCAUCCCCGCGCGCUACGUGAAGCCUCCGGCGGAGCGCCCCUCCGUCGGGCCCCCCGGCGUCAACGAGGCCUGCAUCCCCGUGGUGGACCUCGCGCUGCUCGAGGACGGCGCAGACGCCUCCUCCUGCGAUGCCGCCACCGUGAAGGCUAUCGCGGACGCGUGCCGCGGGGCGGGGUUCUUCCAGGCGGUGAACCACGGGGUGAGCCCCGGGUUGCUCCGCCGUGCGCGCGAGGUGUGGCGCGGCUUCUUCCACCUCCCCAUGGAGGAGAAGCAGCGCUACGCCAACUUGCCCAACACUUACGAGGGCUACGGCAGCCGCCUCGGGGUCGACAAGGGGGCCAUUUUGGACUGGGGAGACUACUACUUUCUCCACUUCCUCCCCCUCUGCUUGAUAAACCACCAAAAGUGGCCCGCUCUGCCUCCCACGCUAAGAUUGAUGAAUGAAUACAGAGAGACGACAGACGAGUACGGCGAGGAAUUGACGAAGCUGUGCCGGAGAAUACUGAGGGCAUUGUCGAUGGGGCUGGGACUGGAGGCUGACCGGCUGCCGGAGGCUUUCGACGAGGAAGGGGUGUGCAUGAGAGUGAACUUCUACCCCAAGUGCCCGCAGCCGGAUCUCACGCUCGGCCUCUCGGCCCACUCCGACCCCGGCGGAAUCACCAUCCUCCUCGUUGACGACCACGUCGCCGGGCUCCAGGUCCGCAAGGACAACUCCUGGAUCACCGUCCGGCCGCUCCCCGACGCCUUCAUCGUCAACGUGGGCGACCAGAUUCAGGUGUUGAGCAACGCGACGUACAAGAGCGUGGAGCACCGCGUGACGGUUAACGCCGCCAGCGAGCGCCUGUCCAUGGCCUUCUUCUAUAACCCGCGGAGCGACAUCCCCAUCGGGCCCAUCCCGGAGCUGGUCUCCCCCGCCCGUCCCGCUCUCUACCAACCCAUGACCUACGACCAAUACCGCCUCUUCAUCCGGCAGAGAGGCCCGCGCGGCAAAAAACUAGCCGGAUGAUCGCCGGCUGACCGACCGACGGACCGACUGACGACGGACGACAGAUCACAGACGAGAGAGAGUGCGUUGCUCAACGAUGAUAAUCGAUCGAUCGACGUGGAAAUACGGCAAGUGUGGGCCGGUGUGGUAUGUAUGAACAUUGCUUCGUGUUUAAAUAAUAAUAAUUUGGAUAUUAUUUUAAGUACAAACUCCGUCGCGCUGAAUUUGGAAUAUAAUUGGCUCAAUCAUUUUCCCGACCAAAUCAAAAUCAGCUCUAUUUUUUUCCUAUUUAA